CCCCCCCCCUCCCCUCCCUUCCCUCCCCCAUCAGCCCCUCAGGGCCCGUGCGGCCGCCGAUGAGACUCUAGCGAGGCCUUAGCGCCGGGGGAACGGGGGAAACGAAAAAAGACCCUUGACCCGGUCUCCGAUUUGAACCCCCUUUAAUUCCCGGCCGAUUUAAUUUUAAAUCUUAAAGUCACCCCCCCCCCCCUCCCCCUCACCUUCCACCUUUCCAGUCCUGGGACCAUGAGUGGGGACUCUGGGGCCGCCAGUCCCCCCAGGCCGAAGCCGCGCAGGAGCUUCGGCCCAGGGCCGCCCCGGCUGUCCUUGGAGAAAGGCCGCUCGUGCAAAGCUCUGUUCGCCUCCUCCGACACCCCGGUGUUGUCUCCAGUCACCAACCUGGCGCUCAACAUGGUCAACCUGACAGGCCUGGGCAGUAAUUGUGAUACACCGAAACGCAGGCCAAAUGGGACUCCGCUACUCCUUCAGACACUCUCAUCUGAUUCUGAUGCAGGACUUUGUAUGGAUUCUCCGAGUCCGAUGGACGAAAAGGCAAUCGGCGAGACGUUUGAAAAAGCAAUAUUAGAAUCUGGAAAAGUGAUUACCAACAAGUUCCCUAUAAGAAGAAUAAACUCCCUUCCGAUGAGACUUCUAGGAUCAAGCCCUGCACUAAAGUCAAGCCAGUGUGACUCUGUACAUUUAGAGGUGUUUCACGAAGGAAGUGCUGGCACCUUCUCGGCUGAAGGAAACAAAGAAAACGAAGGAUUUGAGUUCAAAAAGCCAGUUCAUCCAGUUUCUCGAAACCGUCUCUGUACCUUUUCUGCUGGGAGUAGACAAGCUCCGAGGCCAAGUUCUGCACCUGCUUUAAUGUUUUCGCCUUCGGGUGAUGGGUCAGCCGAUCUUGGUAGCCCGAUCCUUCUACGCAAAUCCUCACUAACUUCUUCUGUUGAUGAUGAAGACGAUGGAUUUUUGGACUUGCUUGAUGAAGAUAUUGAGAAUGAUGCUGACGUACCUUCUGGCAUGGCCAAUCUGCUGACUGCUCCGCUCAUGGCUAAAAAGGAGAUCACGCAGGAAAUUGUGAAUGAUGGAACUCCUAAUAAAUGGUCCUGCACCAGCUACUUCAAAUCUCCCACAUCAGGCCAUGAAGUGCGGUCCAUACUGAAACGGGUGGUUCGGCCCAAAGAUGAAGAGACCCCAGUGAAGAACAAGCGGAGGAGAAGUCUUGCUUGCAUAACUGAAGAAGCGGCCACUGAAAAAGCAAAGCAGCGUUCUCUAUUGCGGUCCAAGUCUUUCUGUGACGCUGAAAUUGAGAAAGUGCUCCAAAUUGAUGACUGCGGACACAUGAUUGGAGAUUUUACAAAGCCAUAUAUUUUACCUACUGUAGAAGGAAGACACCAAGAGUUACAAUAUAUAACUGCAGAGAUGGUAAUUCAAUUGGUAAAUGGGAAUUUUGAUAGAUUUGUCGAACGGUUCCUGCUCUUUGAUUGCCGAUAUCCAUACGAGUAUGAAGGAGGACACAUUAAAGGUGCUCUUAAUUUGCACAUGGAAGAUGAGGUGGAGAAUUAUCUACUGAAGAAACCCAUUGUUCCAGUUGAUGAAGCUAAGCGAGUGAUUAUUAUUUUCCACUGCGAAUUUUCAUCUGAGCGGGCUCCACGAAUGUGCCGUUUCCUACGAGAAAAGGAUCGAGAGGUGAAUGGCACAGACUACCCAAAAUUGCACUACCCAGAACUGUAUAUCCUGAAGGGUGGAUACAAGGAAUUCUUCCCAAAGUUUAAACUAUACUGCGAGCCACAAAGUUACCGCCCAAUGAAUCAUGAAGAUUUCAAAGAGGAUCUCAGAAAAUUCCGCUUUAAGAGCAGGACGUGGGCAGGUGAACGAAGCAAGAGGGACAUGUACAGCCGGCUGAAGAAGUUGUGAGGACGUUGUCUUUUUGUGAUGGGUGGCAGGCUUUUCUUUGAAUCCUGGGCUGGUUCCAUGAUGCUAUACAUUAAUGCCUUGGAUCAUUGGUUGGCAGUGGAUAUUGCAGUUACUUGGAAUGCAGUGACUUUCAACAACAGCUUAGUGUUCCAUUACCUGUUCUAAAUACUGCUAAACUGGUGCCAUGUGGGCAGGACCACAGAUUCAAUAACUUCUUUAAAAACUUGUGCCUAGUAUGGAGUAGAUGACUUCCUCAAUGGCCAUUUGAGUAUAAAGCCAGUAUUGAUGGAAACUGCUGUAUAAAGGUUUAACCUAAUGGGUUUCUAGAUGGCUGUUCUGUAACCAUCGUGUACAUUUUGUGAUUUAUUGGUGCACUGUUAAUAAUUGGUGCUUACUGAGAAUUUAUAAUAUUACUGGAGAUUUUGAGCUUUCCCAACAGACUGGCUAAUUGCAUGAAUAAUGACAUUUCAAGAGAAAAAGCAAGGGGGUGAAUGAGUUUCUGUAUCAACUGCUUGUGAUCUUCCAUCAUGUAAAUCUGCCCUGAGGCUGCAGUGCCCACAAAUAUUUGGCCUUGAGUUUUUAAAAAAAAAAAAUGUCUGAUUUAAGAUCACUGCUAAUUUACUUCCAGUUCCUAAUGUGAAUUGGAAGUAACGACUUUUUAAUUUUUGUUAAUAGUUUGAAGUAAUCAGUCUAGUUUUCGCUCGAGACUCCUGGACUGUAGCUCAAGAGGUCUGUUCUGUUCAUCUUUUAAUACAUACCAACCUAUUCCAUAUUUUUAAAAAAACUUCUUAAAUUUGUGUCAAGCACACAGGUGGUUUAAUUUAUCUGAUUUGCCAAACUAUAUUAAAACCACUAAGUCUUGCUACUUUAACAGCAUCUUCACAGCACUUAACAUUUGGAUUGGGAGCCCAGUUCUGAACUGCGUGAAGUAAACACAUUUUGAAACACAUAUUUUGCAUUCAGUAUUAUAACCAAAGCGAAACAUUGCCAACAUUUUUUUGUGCAUUUCACAUUGUGCUUGGCAUUUCCUUUCAAUCAGGUGAAUGAGUUAAUGUAUGCAGGAGUUUUGCAUACAAGUUCUAGUUUAACACAAGAUUUGCUAAGCAGUAGGUGUGCACACUUUGCAAGUUUUUAAAUGGUAAAGAACAUUUUUUUACUUGCUAUUCCAGGGCCAAGGUGAACCAUGGAUCUGUUAUAGGAUUUUACCUGUUCCUGGAUAAUUCAAUCAUCCUUUAUGAAUUUCCAUCAUUUUCAUAUCUUAAAAGUUAUUUUAAAAUGUUACAUUCUUUCCAUAUACUAUGUUAGAGAAAAGAUUAGUGGUAAAAUGUGAGACUAGUGACUAAGUGGAAGGGAAGCCUUGGAAGUUUUGGCUUUAUUCGAUACAUUGCAGGUUAUUUGGGGAGUGGGGGAGUUUAUGGCAUGGUGUGCACUGGCUCCAGGACUUGACUGACCAUUUCAGGAUGCGUACCUGUUACUCUUUUUUUUGUUCAUGCAACAUUUAGAAAAUGUCACCAAGGUUUUUCCUGAUCUUGAAUGGACCUUGAACAGGGUAGCCCUUCCCAGUUCUCCCUUCACCCCCCCCCCUCCCUUAAAUUAAAUGGGGCAUGUCUAACUUCUGUGGGAGCCUAGAUAAAUCAUAAGGCAAGUACAGCAAAACUUUGUGCUACUAAUGGAAAGGGAUCUUUUCUUAACCUGACUUCAAAAGGAUUCCUGAUAGCCUGAUUCCCACUUAUACAGUGGCCUAGUCAUUUUUAUCAUUGCUAAUAGAGGUGAAAAAUUGUGAAAUCCAUAUAUGCAAUCCUGAAAGUUGAGCCAUUUAUCUUGUUAACCUGCCAAUCUUGAAGUUCUAGUUGCACCACUCCACAUUUGAACCAACAGGAACAUCCUAGCAUUUGUACAUUUCAGCAAACCAGUUUUUCUACCUAUUUAUGGAUCAACUUAUUACUCUGCCCAUAAUGUAUAUAAGCCUGAUAUUUGGCCAAUUUUGCCCUAAACUUGUGCCUUUUUGAAUAUUUCAAGAUUUAAAUUUUCUACCCAGUUUAGAUUUUAGACCAAUCUGUGUACUGCCUAAAAUGAUCAACACACUAUUUAUGUUCAAAGAUCCACAGGCUUGCAAAAAUAAUAUUGGUCAUUACUGCCUUUAGAGAUUGACAAUUGUGAACAGUGUGAGUUGUGAACAGUGUGAAAUGAAUGAGUGAGAGGGGUAUGGAGUUGGUAUGGGUGUAAUGCUUAUUUUGCAAUGUGGCUGUAAUAAUGGAAGUGUGGUUUAAUUGUUUGCUGUAGAGAUGUACUUUAGCCAAACUGUCUUCCGUGCAGGGAAAUAAAUGGCUACAGAUAGAAAAAAAA